GCAGUGGUUGACGCUUUCGACCUCUUUUUCCAGCGCUCGUUGGAAGACAUGGUCUCCACAUAUCAGGAGCUCGCUGCCCCUUCGGCGGCUCAUUCUGGGGUUUGGCCAGUGGUCAUCGGUGGAGAGAUGAACUGUUAUCCGUUUCCGCACAACGGGAGCUUCCGUAUACAUAGGACCAAGCCUGCAAAGGGCAACUUCAACACCACGUGGGUGCACCGCGUGCCGAGUUCCGCAUUUCUGAAGCUGAACGCUGAGGCCAAAGAUGCCAGAGCAGCUGUGCAGUACCCUGCAACCGACAAGUCCGGAAGCAUCGCUUCUACUGAGGUUUGUGAAGAAGUGCUCCGACAAUUUCCAGCUGAUUCUGUCCCUGCGCAUUCGCGGGCAUUUUUCCCUUUCGUGAACGGUGGAGCUUUGGUGGGACCUGCGUCCACCAUCCUGAG